GUCAUGUCUUGAUAAUGUUGGACUGUAACAAAGCUCUUGCCGGGUGCUUGAUAUAACAGUAGAAAGGAAUGAUAUGCUGCCCUGUGGUCAUUGUGUUUGUGUCGACGAAAGCGAGGUGUUAUUAAAUCUGAAAAAAUAGACCAGUCGAGAAAACGGAAGAAAAUAAGGGAAGAAAAAGCAGAAAAGACAGUGCUGGAUAGUCCAACAAAAGGAGGUCAAAACUUAUUGUACAGGGGCAGAGGGGAACUGGAAGCAGCUCCCGGCAACAUUGCUCUGUUCUCACUUCUCAUAUGAAAUCGACAGGCUGGAAGGAUUCUGCCCAACCCACUGGCACCAUUAUUACUGGACAAGAACAAACUACACUGCCUGUCCAGUAGAGUGAAAGUAUUUUCAUACGAAACUAUUUCCUGGAAAUAAUAUUAAUAGUUAAAGCUUACAAAAAGCAGAAAAAAGCAACCUUGCUCUUUCUUUUUCUUGCAGCCACUGCUAAGCAUCUUUGCUUCACUUUUCUUUCCUUUUUCUGCUCCUUCGUUCCUCUCUCGGGUAAUUUUACCGAGUUUUCUUGCUUUGGAUUCUGCCAUCAUCAUUUCGCUUUCUGUUCUAGCUACGGAUCAUUGCAGCUUAAUUGCCGUCAUUUUUCUUUACUGGCAUUGUUGUUUGUUCAUGCACCUGCAUUCCUUAAUAAUUUACACAGAUCAUUCCCCUUCUUGGAUUCUUCAUUUUUUCUAUGAGCUCCCCUGAUUAUCUUUCUCGUGAUUCUGUCUUUAAUCUUUGCUAUUUAUUUAUUUCUGAAAAAAGAAACUGGGUUACCCGAUCUCCCUGUCAGCUAGACACCCUCCCUUCCCCUUUACAGUUUCUCAGUUGAGCUUCAAAAAGAUCUCAAUUUAGUUUCUCGCUCUGUCGGUCCCUUCAUUCUAUUGGAUUUGCAAUUACUGUUAACUAGCUUAUUUCCGUUACUCGCUUGCCAUUUGACAAUUCGUACGUGCUCUGUAAUUGGGUUUCUGAUUUCAUGGGACUGUGUCAUGGAAAACCGAACGAAAUCCCGCAAACGCAAGGAGGAGAAAAUCUCUGCGACGAGAAAGAGGGGCUUCCAAAUUCUCAAGGAAGGAAAUCCACAAACUUUCCCUUUUAUAGCCCAAGUCCCUUACCGAGCCUAUUCAAGAACUCACCUGCCAUCUCGAGCGUGAGCUCAACACCUUUACGCAUCUUCAGGCGCCCAUUUCCUCCUCCUUCGCCGGCUAAACACAUUCGGUCAUUGCUUGCUCGAAGGCAUGGUUCUGUGAAGCCAAACGAGGCCUCCAUCCCCGAAGGAAGCGAGUGCCUCGUUGGACUCGACAAGAGUUUCGGGUUUUCGAAGCAGUUCCUAGCUCAUUACGACAUUGGAGAAGAAGUGGGACGUGGCCAUUUUGGAUACACUUGCUCCGCCAAGGGAAAGAAAGGCAGCUUGAAGGGGCAGGAUGUGGCAGUCAAAGUCAUCCCAAAAUCCAAGAUGACCACAGCUAUUGCUAUAGAGGAUGUGAGGAGAGAAGUGAAGAUGUUGCGGGCUCUAACCGGACAUAAGAACCUGGUGCAAUUCUACGAGGCCUAUGAAGAUGAUGACAAUGUUUAUAUGGUUAUGGAGUUAUGCAAAGGAGGUGAACUCCUAGAUAGAAUACUUUCCAGGGGUGGAAAGUAUUCAGAAGAGGACGCCAAGGUUGUUAUGAUUCAGAUAUUAAGUGUGGUGGCUUUCUGUCAUCUUCAGGGUGUGGUUCAUCGGGAUCUCAAGCCAGAGAAUUUCCUGUUUACAUCUAAGGAUGAAAACUUAAACUCUACUCUAAAGGCUAUUGAUUUUGGUCUCUCUGACUAUGUAAAGCCAGAUGAAAGGUUGAAUGAUAUUGUGGGAAGUGCAUACUAUGUGGCUCCUGAAGUUUUACAUAGAUCUUAUGGGACUGAAGCAGACAUGUGGAGCAUCGGUGUAAUUGCUUACAUUCUAUUAUGUGGAAGCCGUCCUUUCUGGGCCCGGACUGAAUCUGGCAUUUUCCGGACUGUCCUGAAGGCAGAUCCAAGUUUUGAUGAAGCUCCUUGGCCUUCUUUAUCAGUUGAUGCUGUAGAUUUUGUGAAGAGACUAUUGAAUAAGGACUACCGUAAGAGAUUAACUGCAGCUCAGGCGCUUUGUCAUCCAUGGCUGGCAAAUCAUCAUGAUGAUAUGAAGAUACCUUUGGAUGUGAUAAUCCCCAAGUUUGUUAAGGCUUACACAUGCUCAUCUUCUUUACGCAAAUCAGCACUAGGGGCUCUUGCCAAGACAUUAACAGUAGCUCAGCUAGCUUAUUUCAGAGAACAAUUUACUCAGUUAGGGCCGAAUAAAAGUGGAUUUAUCUCAAUGCAGAACUUUAAGACGGCUUUUCUGAGGAGCUCCACUGAUGCCUCAAAGGAUUCACGAGUCUUGGAUUAUGUGAACAUGAUUAGUUCUAUCCAAUACAGGAAAUUAGACUUCGAGGAGUUUUGCUCUGCUGCUAUAAGCGUGCACCAGCUAGAGGGUAUGGAGACCUGGGAGCAACAUGCUAGGCGAGCCUAUGAGCUAUUUGAAAAGCGUGGAAACAGACCAAUUAUGAUUGAAGAACUAGCCUCGGAACUUGGGCUCAGCCCAUCAGUGCCUGUUCAUGUGGUUCUGCAAGAUUGGAUAAGACACGCAGAUGGGAAGCUUAGUUUCUUGGGGUUUGUCAGACUUCUGCAUGGGGUUUCUUCCCGCUCAUUUCAGAAGACUUGAAAGAGCACUGGGGUGCUAAUUUUUUUCUUUCUUGCCCUUAUUGACCGUUUAUUUCUAAACGGGAUUUGAAUGCAUGAGCAAACUCCGUCAAUGAAUCCGUUCGCCCUCAUAGGAAAAUGAUGGCUUCGGCGUGCUGAAAGCAAGGUGAUGGAACCUGAUACAGACGAAGCUAAUUACAAGAUCUCCUGAUAUUAAGCCAGCAUUUCUCAAGUAUCUCAUACACGAAAAGUCCUUUUCCUCAUCUUGUUCUCAGCCUUUUAUGGCUGGCGGUUGUGGAAGUAGAGGAUUGUACAGAUGAUGUAGACUACAGAUUGAACUUGCGAGAACCACGCAAAUCUGAGCUGUGUCUUGGCGAUCCCAUGUAUGCCAAUGGCACUAUCAAUAAAAUGUUCCCAGUCUUGUAACUCCCUAUAGAUCAAAGUAUUAUUUUUGCAUUCUCUUAAUUUUUUUAAUUACUCAGAAUGAUAUAUGCAGGUAUUGCAGGCUGGCAUUUUGUUGGUGUAAAAUCCCAAGAUAACAUCUUCGGUUAAUACCAAUACCCUCAGAUAUCAAUAUCGGAAGUUUUUUGCCCUCAAACGCUUGACUUGAUUCUAGAUAUUUAAAAGAGUACCUGUAAUU